GGUUUUUCCCCUCGCCUCCAGCCUAAGGCCUCUCACCUCCCGGGCGGUGGGUCCGCGCCGGAGCGACCUCCCUGCGGCCGCGGCUCCUGGACGUUCCGCUCAGAUCUCUGGGCCCCGGGGGCCUGGUGGAACAUGGCCUGGGCCGCUGUGGCAGCAGCAAGACUGGGCCUCGGCCGGGCCGCUCCGCUCUUCCUCCGGCGCGGCUACCAGACAGAGAGGGGUGUCUAUGGCUACCGGCCGAGGAAGCCCGAGAGCCGGGAGCCCGAGGGCGGCCUGGCGCGCCCCCCAGUGGACCAUGGCCUUGCCAGGUUGGUGACGGUGUAUUGUGAGCAUGGGCAUAAAGCUGCCAAAAUCAACCCACUCUUCACUGGUCAAGCCCUGCAGGAAAAUGUACCUGAAAUCCAAGCCCUGGUGCAGACUCUGCAGGGACCCUUUAAUACCACAGGAUUAUUGAACAUGGAGAAGGAGGAGGCCUCUCUUGAGGAAGUCGUUGCCUAUCUCAACCAGAUCUACUGUGGGCAGAUUUCUAUCGAAACCUCUCAGCUUCAGAGCCAGGAGGAGAAAGACUGGUUUGCCAAGCGGUUUGAGGAACUGAAGAAGGAGGCAUUUACCACAGAAGAGCGAAAACACCUGUCAAAAUUAAUGCUAGAAUCUCAGGAGUUUGACCACUUUUUGGCCACCAAGUUUGCCACAGUGAAGCGAUAUGGAGGCGAAGGAGCAGAAAGCAUGAUGGGCUUUUUCUACGAGCUGCUGAAAAUGGCGGCUUACAGCGGAGUAACCGAUGUUAUUAUUGGGAUGCCCCAUAGAGGGAGGCUGAACUUGCUGACGGGCCUUCUACAGUUCCCUCCAGAGCUGAUGUUCCGUAAAAUGCGAGGCUUAAGUGAGUUUCCAGAAAACGUCUCAGCCGUUGGCGAUGUCCUGUCUCACCUAACAUCCUCGGUUGACCUGGACUUCGGUGCGCACCAUCCCCUCCACGUGACUAUGCUGCCCAACCCCUCGCACCUGGAAGCCGUGAACCCUGUGGCAGUCGGGAAGACUCGGGGCAGGCAGCAGUCCAGGCAGGAUGGGGACUACUCCCUGGACAGUUCAGCUCAGCCUGGGGACAAAGUCAUCUGCUUACAGGUUCAUGGUGAUGCUUCUUUCUGUGGUCAAGGGAUUGUUCCUGAAACAUUUACGCUCUCUAAUCUCCCACAUUUCAGAAUUGGUGGGAGUGUCCAUUUGAUUGUCAAUAACCAGCUGGGUUACACCACUCCUGCAGAAAGAGGAAGGUCUUCCUUAUACUGUAGUGACAUCGGGAAGCUGGUGGGCUGUGCCAUCAUUCACGUCAAUGGAGACAGCCCAGAGGAAGUGGUGCGGGCCGCACAACUGGCGUUCGAAUACCAGCGCCAGUUCCGGAAAGAUGUGAUUGUUGACUUGUUGUGCUACAGGCAGUGGGGCCACAAUGAGCUGGACGAGCCCUUCUUCACCAACCCAGGCAUGUACCAGAUCAUCAGAGCCCGGAAGAGCAUCCCCGAUACGUAUGCAGAGUACCUUAUGGCCAACGGACUCACAACCCAGGAGGAGGUGUCGGAAAUCAAAGCCUCCUACUAUGUGAAGUUAAAUGGCCAUUUGACUCAUGCGGCCCACUACAGGCCCCCUGCCACAAGCCUGCAGGCCCACUGGCAAGGCUUGGUUCAGCCAGAAGCUUGUAUUACCUCCUGGAACACAGGUGUGCCCCUUGACCUCCUGCGGUUUAUUGGCAAGAAGUCUGUGGAGGUGCCUGAGGAGCUCCAGAUGCACAGUCACCUUCUGAAGAUGCAUGUGCAGUCUCGAGUGGAGAAAGUGAUGGAUGGAACAAAGUUAGACUGGGCCACGGCAGAAGCUCUUGCAUUGGGCUCAUUGCUUGCUGAAGGUUUUAAUGUCCGUCUGAGUGGCCAAGAUGUGGGCCGUGGAACUUUUAGCCAGAGGCACGCAAUGGUUGUUUGCCAGAGGACAGAUGACACUUAUAUCCCCCUGAACCAUAUGGACCCUAAUCAAAAGGGGUUUCUAGAGGUCAGCAAUAGCCCGCUGUCGGAAGAGGCUGUCCUGGGAUUCGAGUAUGGGAUGAGUAUUGAAAGCCCUAACCUGCUGCCCCUCUGGGAGGCUCAGUUUGGCGAUUUCUUCAAUGGCGCCCAGAUCAUCUUUGACACGUUCAUCUCUGGAGGCGAGGCCAAGUGGCUCCUCCAGAGCGGCAUCGUGGUCCUCCUUCCUCACGGGUACGACGGGGCUGGACCGGAGCACUCAUCUUGUCGAAUAGAGCGUUUCUUGCAGAUGUGUGACAGCACAGAGGAGGGUGUGGAUGGGGACACUGUGAACAUGUGCGUGGCUCACCCCACCACGCCCGCCCAGUACUUCCACCUGCUCCGGAGACAGAUGAUUCGGAACUUCAGGAAGCCCCUCAUCCUUGCUUCUCCGAAGACACUGCUCAGACUCCCCGCAGCUGUAUCAACUCUUCAGGAAAUGGCACCAGGAACAACAUUCAAACCGGUCAUUGGAGAUUCAUCUGUGGAUCCAAAAAAGGUUAAGAGUCUGGUGUUCUGCUGUGGCAAACAUUUCUAUGCCCUGAUGAAGCAAAGAGAAUCUUUGGAGGCCAGGAAGCAUGACUUUGCUAUCAUCCGAAUAGAAGAACUCUGUCCUUUCCCACUGGAUUCGCUGCAGCAAGAGAUGAGCAAAUACAAACACGUUAGAGAUGUUAUCUGGAGUCAGGAGGAGCCUCAGAACAUGGGUCCUUGGUUUUUUGUUUCUCCAAGGUUUGAGAAGCAACUGGCCUGCAAGCUCCGUCUUGUGAGCCGACCCGCGUUGCCUGUACCGGCUGUGGGAAUCGGCACCGUUCACCUACAGCAGCAUGAAGAAAUCCUCACUAAGACCUUCAACCCAUGAUGUCCUUUGAAGAAAUACUACUUCCUUGUAAGAAAACUGCCAUAAAAAGAAAGGCUUGUCUCCUCCACUUGCUAGGUACCAUGAAAAGAUUGUAUUGCUAGAAGACAUUGAGACUGGUGAGGGUGGAGUAGAGGUAAAUCUAGAAUACAUGGAACAGCCAAAGGAGUUGUUCUUUGAGACAUGAAUCCCACAAGUCACUUUCCUGCUUAAAUGUGUCAUAUGUUAGUUAUAUUGUUUUAGAUCAGAGUGAGUUGUAGAACUGGGUCCUGAACCAGAUGUCUUUAGACUCUCCUCUUUCUAAUUAACUGUAUGUACCCAGGAAAAGUUCUUGAGCAUGAAUUUAUUGCUUCAAGAAUCCCAUGGACAGAGGAGCCUGGGGGGCUAUAGUCCCUAGGGUCACAAAGAGCUGGACAUGACUGAAGUGACUUGCAAUUUUCUUUUUUGGGGUUGAUCAGGUCACUAUUGAAACACAACACACAUGCCAGGGGAAGUCCAAGGACAGCUCUGGAACAGGGGAAGACCCCAACAGUUCCCUAUACACGUACACCCAGGCAUAUAGUGUGAGCCAGGGUCCCACUGCUGUGUUUCCUCCAGAUUUUCUUAAUGCGUGUCACUUUCAUGAAUCUUCCCUUCUUUAUUCAAAGUCCUUGAGUACCUAUAUUUUAAUUUUAUGUCAUCUCUGGUGCUGCUUUCCAGCCACUGUGAAAAAUGUUUUAUCAAACACUACAGCAAAACUGUAUUAUUCCUGAUUUGUGUUCUUCAGGAUCACUAUUUUACCCAUUAUCCUUAAGUAUUAAAUACAAACUAUUAAAUACAAACCUCUGGGUGUAGGAUCCUUAGCACAUUAUUAUUGAAUUGUAGCUACAGUGAAAUUGAUUGGUGGUCUACUUUGCCAUAGUAUCUUUUUUGUCCCCUUAAUUAUUCUUGCCGCAAUACCUUAAUAUUUUUAAUUAACUCUGGGCGGUGUCUGAUAUGGGGAUUUCAUCCACUGGUUGAUCAGCCUCACCUCUAAAAGUCCCUGCUGUCAUAUGAUGUAUAUUUGUGGCACUUAAGGAUCACUUUGAUAGCGGGAACUUCUCAGUGUUAGGUGCUUCAGGGACUUCUAGAGAUCACCAAUCUAUUGCCUUAUUCGGAAAUUGUGCUUAGUACUGGAGAGUAUAACUAAACAUCAGCAAACUUCCUAGCUUUAUAUGGCUUGGUGCUGCAGAAACCACCAUAUACCAUUCUUGUGCCAUAAAACUGUUUUCUCAGAAAUGGGAGAGUACCUGAAGCCCUGGAAUACCCUCUCCACUUUUACUGGCAACUGUCAGUGUCUUUUAGAAUCAAUGUAUAGGUUGUUCGGGCCACAGCAGUAGAUUAGUGAUUCACAUCAUAAAUCAUGUAACUUAGUACCAUGAAUGUCAACCAAUAAAAUCACAAGGAUCUAUUUAAUAAGAAUGGUUAUCAAUGUUGUAUAUUAAACUAGAAAAAAAAAUAAAAGCACAGGGUCAUCUUUUUUUCAGAUCUCUUGAUUUCUUGAGUUAAAAUAUUUCAAAAGUCUAAGCACAAAAUUAGAUGAAAGACUAGAGUUUUUUUAAUUUAGAUCUUUCCAAAUGUCUCAACUUUACACCUCCCAAGUCUGUUUCUUGUUAAUCUCCAAGUUGAGCCAUGAGAUAUAUCUUCUGUAUCUUAACCUUCUUACUCUCAAUCAUCACUGCAACAUGCCUUAUUAUUUUGAAUUACCUUGCAGGUAGGGACUGUUAGUUCUCCGUAGCAAGAUGCCAAACCAGUUAAUUUUGGAAGACUUUUUAUUAAAGUAUAUUACUUUAGCGUUGCUCCCCUGCAUCUUCUCUGACUCAUAUGAAGAACCAGCUAUAAUGGAACAAAAAUAAGAAAUGAUCCUGUAAGAGUAGAAUGGUGUUUCCUCAAUAAAUAGUUUAUUGAA